CCUCUGCUGUUGCGGAUUCUGGAACAAAGGACACCGGACUCUUUUGUAUUCCGAGAAAAUAUUGUCUGCAUAUUUAUAAAUUCCUAGCUCUCUGAUUGUGUCUCUAAUCUGCUCUUUUUAAAUAAUAAUUUAAAAAAGCAGAAAAAAACACCACUUUAAACAAAAAUCGAAUUAAACUGCUGAAUCAUUGACUCGUAGAGAAGCAGCUCGGAACCGUAAAGACUCCCAGCAGCCGCACACACUUCGGGGUCGGUUUGUUUCCGCUUGCAGAAAUUUUCUGGAGCUCUUGUCGGUGAUCAGUGUGCACGAUGAUCCGGACACCCAGACGCGUGUCUCCGGCCUCAGCCCGGGCUCCAGUCGCUCUGUCCUGCCCGCAGAAGAAACUUCUCUCCGGAGUCAGAGCGGAUCUGAUCAGCUCAGGACUCACGAGUCCGCCCAUGAGCUCGGUACUCGGCUACUUCACACAGCUCGGAAACACACCGGCGACCGAGCGGAGAACCGCAGACUGUCUGUACGCCACCCCGCACGGAGCACGAGCUCAGCAUGGCCGCCAGCCCUCUACCCGACUCCCGGCAAAGAGGCGGUUGGAUUUGGAGGAUCCCCUCUAUCUCCCAGAUUUCCGCACACCCAAAGGAAAAGGGAACACGCCCUUGGCAAGGCUGUCCAGCCCAAGGACACCGAAGUCUCCAGGCGAACGAACGCGCUACGACACCUCCCUCGGACUGCUCACUAAGAAGUUUGUGGGGCUGCUGAGCGAGUCAGCAGACGGCGUUCUGGACCUGAACUGGGCCACCGAAGUCCUGGAGGUGCAGAAAAGGAGGAUUUACGACAUCACCAACGUGCUGGAGGGAGUUCAGCUCAUCCGCAAAAAAUCCAAAAACCACAUUCAGUGGCUGGUAACUGGAGUGUUUGAGGGCUCUGCGAGUGCUUCGGAACGGACGAAUGCUCUGCAGAGAGAACUCGCUGAGUUGGACAGGAAGGAGAACGCACUGGAUGACCUCAUCCAGUCCAGCACCAAUCAGCUGCGAGAGCUCACUGAAAACAAAGACAACCAACCAUUUGGAUAUGUGACAUAUCAGGACAUUCGGUCCAUAUCGAGCCUGCAGAAGCAGACAGUGAUUGCAGUCAAAGCUCCUUCUGAGACCAAGCUGGAGGUGCCAGAGGUAUCUGAGGGGUCUAUGCAGAUCUACCUGAAGAGUAAAAACGGUGCUAUCGAGGUGUAUCUGUGUCCAGAGGAGGUGCUAGAGGAUGAAAGCCCGGUAAAGUGUGGCUCUGCCAGGAAGGACCACUCAUAUGGGAUCCCACACACGACUCACUCCAACACGCCGUCACGUCCAAACACGCCUAAACAGCCACAUGGCCUAGAAGCUACACCAUCUAAACCCCAGAUCCUCAGUAACAGUAGCAGCUCCACCCUGAUGGAUGUAGAGGGCAUUCUGGGGCUUCCUCCCAGCCUGCUGCAGAUCACUGAAGAUCAGCUCCCAGGCACAGCCUUGACCUCUGACCCUUCAUUCGUCAGUUUCUCGCCACCUCUCGACCACGACGACUACCUCUGGGGGCUGGAGAACGGAGAGGGGGUUUCGGACUUUUUCGACAACUACGAUCUGGGGGAUCUACUCCAGAGCUGAGACCAUAUGUGAAAAUGGUACAGUCCUCAUGUGUGAAGCGGAACAGUUUUUAGCUGUACGUAUAAUGGGACGGUCCUCGUUUUUAUGUUAAAUAUGGACUACUUUUUUCUAGGUGCAGUUUGUGCUAUGUUCGAAAAUGUGACGAGCCAAGGAAAGAAAAUGAGUCAUGAGCCAUUUUACCCAAAACAUAUCACGUUGUGAGUUUUUGUUUUUUUUUAGAAAUAGUGAUAUCAGGGUUUAAAUCAGAUCUAAAGCUUGAACAUUUUGAAAACACAGAGGAUCUCAGAAAUAACUCCAUGCUCUUGCUGAUACUCAAACACGCUGAAUCACAGAGCUCCCCCUAGUGGAGCUAACCAGCCCUGUCUUUUACAUGCUCCUGAUUGGAAUUAUGUCUCAGAUAUGAAAAGGAUAUCAUCUGUAGGCUUUUACGACAAAAUCUAAUAUUUCAAUGAAAUUAUACCAUGUUUCCCAAUCCUCCUUCUUCACAUUUAGUUGUGUUUGCGCUAAAACACUCAGUUUAACCUCACAAAGUGCCUGUAAAUGCACAAAUUUGGUGUGUUCGAGCAUGAAAAACACACAAAAUGUGUGGCAGAAGUGAAAUGACACAGAUCAGGCCUGGGAAAUGAUGAACCUAAUCUGAGGAUAGGUUUAAUCACACUAGAACGCCAUCACUGAUUUGCUAUAGCUAUAGGUAAUUAGGUAGCUAGUUAAUUAGUUCAUUGUAAUAGAUAUUUUCUGAUAAAGCAAAGAUAUUUUUGUACCUUGUAAUGUAAUUUAGCCAAAAAGACACU